AUGACAACGAGGGCUGCACUACGAGAGACGCCUGGCCGUCGCAGAGGUCGCGACAUACGUGGCAGGCAACAGGCCCAGCCCGAUGAUUCAAGCCGAAAGAGACGCCGUCCUCUUCGAGACGGACACGAGGGCGCAGACACAAUUGAGCCCGAGCACCGUCGAAAGAGCCGGAGAAUACAAGAGAGAUGUCAGUUCCUUGCUCUAGCCACUACACCAACGCCUCAUGAGCACGUCGCUGAUAGUGCUGCUGCUGCAGGCAAACCACCCCUGCAAGCGACAACCACAACGUGCUCACUGAAGAGACAAGCUGCGAAGCAACGACGAACUACGAGCGGGAGCUUACCAAGGCCAUCACCACCACGCAGUGUACACAUCGAAGGCCAACCUCACGACACGGAAGACCCAAGUAGCAGACCCAUCCAACAGGCACAGACAAGUGCUGGAGACAAGGAGAACUUCAUCCAGGAGUGGCUGGAGAGGUCUAGCUGGUCUCGAAUCUCUGAUUUAUCCGCCAACAUGCCUCACGAACCUGUUCCUGCUCUCCCCUCUCCGGGCAAAAGCCCUGAAAGCAUGCUUUCCGCGUCCCGAAAGUCUGAGAAGUCCGUUGCAAGUGUCCCCGAUGCGAAUUAUCGGCAGUCCUUGAAGUUCCGACGUAUUUACAUAGAGUCCGACGACCCUCCUGCGGAACUGAUGCAACGAGCUAAAAGAAUAAUAUCUCGUUCUCGAGCACCUCCGGAAAUGGACGACGCCACAGUUCAAGAUGUGCGAGCGAAGUCACGCAGGCUUGCGAGUGCGCCUGAAGAAACCAUCACCCAGCAAUUGGCUUCGGAUUUAAUCCCCUCGAUGAACAGUUUGCCCGAUGCAAGGUUAUGCUCCAGCCGUAAUCAAUUGUGGUACAAUUCUGUCCCUGUCCCACUUGACUCAUCUCUCUUGACAAACCCACUACCUUUACCUAAGCCGAAACCUGAUCUGGUCUUUGGAUAUUCCGAAACAGCAUUCACUCGGAACCAACGCGCGACGAUUGAACUCCUCAUCGACGAUCAAUUCGGCCGAAGUUACGCCAUUCCAGAUGAAAACGUUCAUUUCCCCUUUUUGGAAAUCGAAUUUAGAUCACAGGCUAAGAACGGGACUCACUAUGUGGCAACAAACCAGGCCGCUGGUGCAGGGGCUAUCGCCCUACAUGGCCGUAUGGAUCUGACACAGCGUAGCUCGAGGAUACAAACCUUUGAAUAUAAUGAGCCUCAAUACUUCUCGGUUAGUAUGGACCAUCAGCUUGCGCAGAUCAAUGUACACUGGGACCCACAAGGGAUUCGAGCUCUUUCUCGGGCAAUCAAGAACAUUCUCGACGAGGCUACAGAUUCGCGGCUGCGAACCCUUUGCUCCGCAUUGGAUGCGUAUCGAGAAAUUGUCGCACGCAAAAGGGAUUUUGCCAACGCCAACUCUCAGAGGGCUCAGGGACAGCAGAAGACCCCUAGCGAGCCGCAAAGUGCACGACGUUCUGUUGAAAUGCACCCUCCUGAGCUUCCCGCAAGUACCAUUCGCCAUGGCGAAGCAGCAAAUGCUCAGGGUGCGCAACGACGACAUCAUUGCUCUGCUGAGCCGUGA